GACAGAAAACUACUUCGAGGACCUGGGGCCCGGUUGGAGGUGAAAGAUUGAAGAGUGAGCUCUGCUUCGUCAACUUUCUGACAACAAAGAGGUGACACGCAGUGCAGUAUGGGAGGUGGAGAGAGGUACAACAUUCCAGUUUCCCACCCUGAACGCCCUUUGCCCAAGAAGAAACAUCAGCUUGGCCGGGCUAAGCAGAGAAGCCGUGACCAGAACGGAUCGUCAGUAGCAGCAUCUGCAGGAGGGGCAGGCCUUCACCAUCAUGGCCACCGCCGGAGUGACAAAGGCGCAGCCUACCACAGGUCCCCAGAGGCGCGGCAGGCCGCGUCUGCAGAGAAAAAUGCUUCUGUCCGUUUUGCCACCAGCUAUGAUCAGAACUGGGAGGGUGCAGUGUCUCACCUCAACACGCUCCUGGUCACCCAGGGAAGUCCAAGCUAUGCGGGGCCAAAGUUCAGCGAGCCACCCUCGCCCAGCGUGUUGCCCAAACCCCCCAGCCACUGGGUGUCCUUCCCAAUGAGCUCUUGUGACAACAGGGAGAUGAUGGCCUUCCAGCUCAAAAGUCUCCUCAAGGUGCAGGCCUGAGAGGGAUACCCUUACCCGAUUGUUUAAAAAAAAAGCCAAUACAUGGACUGGGACUCUGUUGAGGGCAUCCACCCACCAGGAACACCUCAGUGCUGUAAUACUUUUAACUGUUUUUAGAUUGACCUCUUUGAGGAUUAGGAUGCAUUUGCAACAAUGUUUUGCUGUAAAUGUUUAUUCGAGACAAAUUUUUUUAAACCAAUUUUUCAAAAAAUAUUACAGCCUUGCAGCCUUGCUGGUCGGUGAUGCCUUUAGUUGAGUCCGUUUUUGUGACUAAUGACAAACUGGAUAUCCUUUGUACCUUUGUGUUUUGUUCUUUUUAUGUUGGCUGUCAAAGCAGAUUGAGUGAGCUUUUUUCCAAACAAGGGUUAUAGUAUAGGUCAGGUUAAUUCCCACACUUUUACAGUCCAUUUCUGUGGACAGAUGCUUUUUCAUUUACAUAGGUUUUAUGAUGAUGAUCCUUUUGGAGUCAUCUCUAAAGCUUCAGGUGCUAAAAGCAAAACAAACAUUUGUAGCAUUUUUGACUAGGACCACCUUGUUUUCUUGUGCUCCUUGUUUGGGAUAUAAAAGACACUCAACUGUAAUUCUGCAGGGAAAAAAAACUAUCUUACUGGAGGUAAUAAGCUGUAGUGAGUGAGUACAGGUCAGAAAUAUAACCUCAAACUGAAGGGUAAUAAGAGACCAUGGCACACACAGGCUUUGGGCUGUCAACUCCUGUACCACCUUUUUUAUUGCGCUGUGCGCACAUGCACUAUAGGAGUUGAGUUUGUCCAAGGCCUGCAACACUCUAUCAUAGCAUUAUUUUGUACAGGUCCUUUUUUGUUGUGGUUGAAAGAUGUAUGAAAUGCUGUGUGUAACCAAAGCAAUGUUUUCGCUGUAUUUUUUUCCCCCUUCCUUUUUUGGUAGGCAUGGUUAUCAUUGCCAGUUCAACUUUGCUGGCCCAAGUGGUGAAUGAGUUACGAGUCCCCUGGGUCACUUCUAACUGUUCAUCUGUUCCAAUCAGUACUGUUAUUGCUCCUCAGUCUCUGCUUAUUCAGGACAGUGCUGCAGCUUUAACAUGCGGAAGAGGGCCAGACUUAGAUUUGAGAUUGAGUUUCACUUUGUAUUUAAGGCAUAUGUCAUGGUCCUGUUGGCUGCACGCAUUUGUAAGCAAGGUAAGGCAGAGCUGCAGGAAGUUUCUGAAAUGAAGUGGCCCAAGGGACUCGACACGAGGCAGGAGGCUGGUGUUUUUGUGUUUACAAAUAGGUCUGGUUGACCGUCCCAUAAUCAACAGACACUUGCCUCCUCUUGCCUCUGCUUCUUGUUUACCCUCUUGCACUGCAAUCAGACUUUUUUUUUUUUUUCCUUUUUUCAUAAGUUACAGGCCAGGAUACUAUUGAAAUGAUGGAGGCGUAAUUGACUAUCUUCCUAUGGAUUCUCUAUUUUUGUGAUUCAAUCCUCUAUUGAGGCUCUUUUUUGCUUUCCCUUCGCAGAAUUGGAGCUGUUUAUUGCCAGCCUAAAGAUGACAAAACGAAGUACGGGAACUUGAUAGUGUGUUCAAGAGCCAUGUAAAUAAUGAAAUGUAUAAAGUACUUGUAGCAUAUGUACAUUUGCAGGCCAAGUUUGAGGCUUGCCCGACAAAAGUAUUUUUAGUAAUAACACUGAAUGUAUAAGAUGUGCUAAGGACACGUCUUGACUUCAAUACUGAAGAAUAUUUUUGUUAAAAAAAACCUGCCUAUAGCAUUUGUCAGUACCCCUGCACUGUUAUCUUUCCAGAGAUCUUGCACAUGUUUUUUUAUUGUUUUGUAUUAUGCACAGUGUAGGGUGAAAGAUGCUAAGUGCAAAUUAAAUAAGAAAUGUCAAUUGGAUCCUAGGAGACUUGCUUAUGUAUGAAUUUAAGUUCAGAAUGUGCUUACAUCUCGUAAGCUUGACGCUGUUAAUCUUGUGUUAACCUGUUUGU